AUGGCUGUGUUUGAAACAAAUCCUACGAUUAAAAUACUGGAUGACACUGUACCUUUGACUUGUACCAUUGAAAGUGCUGUAAAUGUUGGUUCCCAUACUGAAUAUAUUGUCCGGGUACAACGAGGUCCUUUACCUGAAAAUAACUGGACAAUCCGUAAGCGCUACAGUGACUUUGUGACCCUUGAUACAGAACUGCACAUAUCAAAUGUCAGUUUGGUGAUGCCACCCAAAAAAGUUUUUGGCAAUAUGGGACGAGAGUUUGUAGCUGAACGCCAAUCAGGCUUACAGCAAUACCUGAACAUUUUGAUGAACAACCAUCUCUUGGCUAGUUGUCUGAUUGUGAAAAAAUUCUUAGACCCAGAAAAUUAUUCGGCAAACCUAUCUGAAACUGCUUUACAACAUGUAUCUAUGAUUUGCCGAUCAGAACCCAAAUGGGAAGUGGUUGAACCGCUCCAUAAUUUUGGUUGGAGAUUACGAAAACAUUACAUUUUAGUAAAACCCAUAGAAAACUUAAAGGCUAGGCAAAUACUUUCAUGGAGUGAUUAUGGACCCUGUAAAUUUCUACCUUCAAAAGAACUUCUUGCUGUGAUAAAGCUGCUUUCUUCAGUGCAGCACCCUUUUAUAGCUCCCAUAGAAUUUUCUAUUGCAAAUGAAAAUGGAGGAAUGGUGAUAAGGAAAUUUUAUGAAGAAGUAUGUAGCCCUUUAAAACUACAAGAAAUACAAAGAUAUGGCAGACAAAUACUAGAAGUUCUCAAAUUUCUCUAUGACAAAGGAUUACCUUAUGGCCAGUUGCACACAGGAAAUAUUGUAUUAACUGGGGAAACCUGCCAACUGCUUGACUUGGAGAACUGGCUGCUGGGACUUCCUUCCUAUUAUAAACCUUUUUUCACACAGUUUAAGAAGAUUCAGAAAAUGGAGUUGAUUGAUGUAUUUUCAUUUGGACAUGUACUAUAUGAAAUGACAUUUGGUGAACAAUUAGCAAAAGCUACCUGUGAUUCUUUCCCUGCAAGUUGUCCUGCAGAACUACGUUCUGUGCUGGAAUCUAUACUGACAACAGAGGCAUGUAAAAAUGGACUUCCUACAUUAUCAGAUUUGCUGAGUCAUACAUUCUUCUCCAGUUACACAUUACAAUUGCUUGAGAAACCAAUCUUAAAAAUUCCAAGCAAAUUGAAAGAAGCAAUUCGCUUAGCUAAAGAUUCAAUGGAAAUUCAACUUAAAGAAGAACAGAAAAUGAUCCAUCAGUUGAAGAGAUUCACAAAAGCCAAAGAGUUUCAUAUGUCUGAAGGAGAGAAGAUGAGAAGACGGAAGACAAAAAAGAAGGAAAAAGCUUUGGAAAAUGUCAAAGACGAUUCCUCUGCUUCUCCCAGUUCCAUAUCAAAUACAAACUCCUCAGCCCCUGCCUCUCCAGCAGACAAUGGAAUUUUGUCUCCUCCAUCUUCAGCUGGUUUGAAGUCAACUUUUUUCUCAGGAUCAGUGUCCCCUCCAACUGCUGUAGAAUCAACUAUAGAAUCUUUGACACCCUUGCCAGCCUCUGGGGACACCAGAAACUCAUCACCUCCAUCAAGUGGUCGCUCUGCUCUGCUUGGCUCUAUAUGCAACUUUAACAAGACUGCUCUAAAGAAAUCAAAGACGAAUGACCGAAGUGCUCCAAAUCUAUGA